AAAGUUGGAAACUUUGUGCUUCGUAUCUUUUUCCUUGCGGGACUUCUGUCUUCCUCUCCAAGUUUUCUUCUUGGAGAAGAAAGGCCCUCUUCCGCGGAAGGUUGUGUCAUCUCGUCGCCAUCUUCAGCAGCUCUAACAUGGGAUCCAUCAAUAGAUGGCUGAGGCCCGAGGUGUAUCCGCUGUUUGCAGCAGUUGGCGUUGCUGUUGGUAUCUGCGGGAUGCAGCUUGUGAGGAAUAUCUGCACCAACCCAGAAGUGAGGGUCACUAAAGAGAACAGAGCUGCCGGAGUUCUCGAUAACUUUGAGGAAGGUGAGAAGUACUCACAGCACGUUGUCAGGAAGUACGUCCGCAACAAGCAACCUCAGAUCAUGCCGUCCAUUAACAACUUCUUCUCCGACCCAAAAUAAAGAUCCCUCGCCGAGAAAUCUCUAAAUACGUGAGCCUGAGAAAUUCUUCCCCACCAUUUAUCAUGGCUCCCGAGAUCAUCAAUCGGGUUGUAUUUAUAAUGCAGCAGGACAAAAGAUUUUUUUUUUCCCCUCUUCUUUUUUCCCGGGCGAACUGCGAAGAUCUGAGGAAGUGGCAGGUUGUGAACUUCUGAGGAUUAUAUGAUGUGAUCUCAACCUUCAAAAAGAAGAAAAAGACAACAAAGUUUGGAAAUUUCCAGAUUUGUCUAUUCAAUUUUUCAUUGUUCA